GUGACACCCAGUAGAACAUUAGUCCACUCUUGGUAAACUUUUCAUUUGGUAUCAUUAUUGUUUGUGCAAGUGAGGAAGACCCAAAGAAAUCUUAAAGAUCUCUGGCACUGCAUAAAUACAUUGAACAAAAUGCAGCAUAUUGUUAUUUUGAAAUUAUGUAACUGAUUUCUUUGCAUUUCAAGCUUGAUUUUGCUACGGUCUAAAAUACUUCCCUUCUUAGGAAGGUAUUUAAAAAGUUGUAACAGUUAUGAGUAAAUAGUGUUUUACUUAAUUUAAUGUAAUUUAAUCUAUUUUUUUUAACGUUACCCAACAGUCUGCUAACUGCUUACAAAAUUAUCAGACUUAAACUCAAGUGCACGGAAUUAACAGAAUUAUAAAUAAACGUUUUGAAAAUAAGCCAACAUUUUCAAACUAAAAUUUUGAUUCAGGAAACAGUUAUGCUCCGAAUAUCAAAUAAUUUUUAUUAGCUGUAUUUUACGGUUAAUCUAUGCACAGAUAUUCGCAUUGUUGUUACUUGGUGAGUUGACCUCCUAUUUUAUGUAAAUAUAAUGCAAAAAUAGAAGGUGUUUUGAAUGGAUGCUUAUCUGUGACCAAAGCUGCAUUCAAGUAUCAACAAAAACUUCAACAAAGUACAAAAGUAUUCAUAUCUGCUUACAAAGAUAGCAAGAACAACAUCUACCUAAAAACCAGAGCUGACAUAAAUCAAGUCUUACAACGUUCCUGCAAUGAAGAAAUCACAAUUUAUAUUGGCUGAUCAUCAAGAAGCAUGCUUUCAAAGAACAUUUUGUUCAGCAUGGGAAUAAAAAAGUGCUUUCCAAAUGCACUAAAACCUCACGUUGCAAUGAAAAGCUGUUUUAAAUGCCAUCAUGGCAAACAUCGUGAUAAUACUCCCACAGAAAUACUUUUCUAUAGACAUGUAAAAAAUCCUUUCAGAGUUCUUUUUCUCCCUUCAUUCAUAAUGCUUAUCUUUUUUACCUUUGAUGUCACCAUAAACCAUGUUCUAAUCCAUCAUAUUUCUAACAGCAUUUUCUACUAAUGUCUACCUUCCAUCAUGUAUCAUUGCAAAAUGGUAUCAUCACUAGAUAGCCUUAUGGAUUGUUGUUUUACAUUCAUGUAAGGUUUUGAACCAAAUGCAUUGCUGAAAUUUCAUUGGAUUUUCAUCAUAACCAUGAGAAUACAGGAACAUUUCCGUAGGCUUAAUGAAGAAAUAAAUAAAUAAAUAAAUCUGACUGACAUGAGAUGAUUUUGCCUGAGGAAAAAGAGCUUUCAGGAAAUUAAUACAGAGCAUCUGACAAUGCUGUACUGUAUAUCAAACUAACAUCUCGAUAGGACGUCAUAAGAGCUCAAGAACUGGAUCAAAGUCUCUGGCUCCAGAUAACAAGUAUAGGAUCAGAUUUUUUAUAAAAAUGAACGCUGCUCUAAAACAUCUAGCCAAAAAGUUUCAAAGAAAUUUGCAAUGUGUCUUUGCAUGGAAUUCUAACAGUGCAACAUGGUGAAAACGUUGCAACAAAACCAAAACUGUGAUAGGUCGUAGUGAGUAUCUUUUUCUUAACUGCUUUCAAUUAUAAAAGGAGAAGGAUUUUACCAGCACCAAUGGGCUAUAUGAUCAUAGAAUCAUCAAACCACUGAGGUUGGAAACGAUCUCUAAAAUUAUCAAGUCCAACCAUCAAUCCAUUACCAUUACACCCACUAAGUGCUACAUCUACAUGUUUCUUGAAUGCCUCCUGGGACGUUAACUCCACCACCUCCCUCGGCAGCCUAUUACAAUACUUGACUGGUCUUUCUAAGACAGUUUUUUUCUUAAUAUCCAACCUAAAAAUCCCGUGGCGCAUCCCUCUCAUUCAGUUGAUAGAUAACUGGAAGAAGAGUCCAGCUCCCACCUCACCACAACCUCCUUUUAGGUAGUUAUAGAGAGCUAUAAGGUCUCUCUUGAGUCUCCUCCAGACUGAACAAUCCCAGUUCCCUCAGCCACUCCUCAUGUGUUCCAGACCUCUGACCACCUUCGUUGCCCUUCUCUGGACACACACCAUGGCCUCGGUGUCUUUCUUGUACUAAGAGGACCAAAACUGAACACAGUACUCAAGGUGUGGCCUUAUUGGUGCUGAGUACAGAAGGAUGAUAACCUCCCUGUUCCUCCUGCUGGCAACAUUAUUUCUGAUACAGUCUAGAAUGCCAUCUGUGCACACUGCUACUCAUGCUCAACUGAUUGACAACUAAUACCCCAAAUUAUUUUCCUGCACAUAGGUUUCCAGCCACUCUGCCCCAAGCUUGUAGUGCUGCUUGGGGUUUUUGUAACCAAAAUGCAGGACCCAGCACUUGAUCCUUUUGAACUUCAUCCCCCUGAUUUCAGCCCCGCAAUCCAGCCAGUCCCUCUAAAGGGCCUUCCUACUCCCAGGCAGACUGGCAUUUUCCUGCAGCUUGAUGCCAUCUGCAAAUUUACUGAGGGAGCAUUCAAUGCCCUCACCCAGAUCAUCAUUAAAGACAUUGAAGAGGACAGGCCUCAGUACCAAAUCCUGGGGAACACAACUCAUGAGUGCCCACCAGGUGCAUUUGACUCCAUUCACCAUCACCCUUUCUGGGCCCAGUCCUCCAGCCAGUUCUUUACACAGCAAAGUACAUACUUGCCCAGGACUUAAGCUGCCAGCUUCCUCAGGAGAAUACUGUGGGACAGUGUCAAAGGCUUUGCUGAAGUCUAGGUAGAGUAUGUCAACAGUCUUUCCCUCAUCCGCAGGUGGGUCACCUGGUAAUCGAAGGAGAUGACGUUAGUUAAUCAAGAUCUGUCUCUAAUGAACACAUGCUGGCUGUGCCUGAUAUCUAGGUGUCCUGCACAUGCCACGUGAUCGCACUCAAGACAAUCUGCACCAUCACCUUCCCUGAUACAGAGGUCAAGCUGAAAGAUUUUCCCCUCUAGCUGAACAACAGACACACUGAGAAACAUGCCGGAGCAAAGCAAUGAUUACAGGGUUGUUGUAUUCGGGGCUGGAGGAGUUGGCAAAAGUUCUUUGGUCCUGAGAUUUGUGAAAGGCACUUUCAGAGAGAGCUACAUCCCCACCAUUGAAGACACCUACCGGCAAGUGAUCAGUUGUGAUAAAAGCAUAUGCACUUUGCAGAUAACUGACACUACAGGGAGCCAUCAGUUUCCAGCCAUGCAACGUCUUUCUAUUUCUAAAGGACAUGCUUUCAUUUUGGUUUACUCUAUCACCAGUCGACAGUCCUUGGAAGAACUUAAACCAAUCUAUGAACAAAUAUGUCAGAUUAAAGGUGAUGUAGAAAGCAUUCCAAUAAUGCUGGUGGGGAACAAAAAUGAUGAGAACCAAAAUCGAGAGGUAGAAAGCAGUGAAGGAGAAGCUACGGCCAAGAAGUGGAAGUGUGCAUUCGUGGAGACCUCUGCCAAGCUAAACCAUAAUGUGAAGGAGUUAUUCCAAGAGCUUUUGAAUUUAGAGAAACGCAGGACUGUGAGUUUGCAAAUUGAUGGCAAAAACAAGCAGCAGAAAAGGAAAGAGAAGCUGAAGGGCAAAUGUGUAGUCAUGUGAAAUUGCCCUGACAGGAGUCUGUCAUGCAUUCUCACCCGUCUGAUAUUAAUCAUGUAAAACCUAUACACAGCAAACAACCAGAACAGAUCGUACCGAUUUAUAUCUGUUUUAAAACAAAUAUUCGGAAUUUGAAAAAAAAGAAGAGUUACUUUUGUUACUAUGAAAACAGCCAACAAUUGGAAAAAUCGUGCUCUCUAGAUACCAGUGAAAAAUUCAGGAUAAGAAAAAUCAUCUGGAGCAUAUUGUGGAAGGCUUAGAAAUCAAAAUCAUGAUAUUUAUAUUCUCAUGUAACUACAAUGGAAAGCAUUGUAUAAUGCUAGGAAAAAAAAGGCAAAUGAUCAUGCUAGGACAUGUAACUGCAUGCUGGAUGAAGUUAUCAUGCAAUGCAAGAGUGAUGUGGACAACCUGUUCUGUGCAAUUUUCAGUUCUGAUUGCUUAGGUAGUUUGAAUAAAAUAAUAAUCUCAGAUAUGCCAAAUAAUCUAUUUCUCAUCAAAAGGAAGCACAGUUAAAUGGAGAUUUUCUCUACCUCCCCGAGCAUGAGAUGCCUUUCCCGUAUGAUACAGUGUUUGAAAUAAAGAUGAUGAAAAUUCAGCCUAGAAUAGGUGGAGAUUCAUCUCCUCUGUACUCAUCAAUCCACGAAUCCUUGAACACAAGGUAUUUCAGAGGAGAAGAUGCUUGCUGUAGAAGAAUAUCAGGAUGUAUAAAAACUGUGUGUAUAUGGCAACAGAUAACUUCUUCAGGGAGGACUGGCUGGGGAGUUGCUCACAAAGGUUCUGUAAGAAAGGCUGACUUCAAGCAGAUCUGAUGGAUAAGUGAACACACAGCAUGACUUGUGAAUGAACCGGAGGACUAUUGAACACAUGCUGCUGUUGGAGAGGGAUGCAGUAACAGGAAGGUUUUACUCUGUUUACCAGAUUAGCUGAGUAAAACUUAUUUCCAUUAGUAUAUUCCAAUUAGAAUGGUUUUGGAUUCAUACAUUGCUAGAUUUAUUGUGUUUACAUUGUCUAUGGGGUUUUAUAUUCACCAUUUAAAUGAAGAGAGGA